UCAAGAAAUAUGAUUGUUAUUACUGUUACUAACUUUUAUUGAGUACAACUAAUGUUAGUGCUAUAUUUCUAACUUUAGAGUUUAGAAUAGUGUUCUUUACAAUUUAACAAAAUUGACGCAAGACAAAUAUCGUUCUAUAUUUAUUUAACAUCAUAAAAAGUGUAUUCCUGCAAUUGUCCAGUUUUUGUUGCUGAUUUCAUUCAGUAACUUAUAAGUUUUGUUGUUGUUGAUUGAACUUGGCAACAUUCCAACAUCAAAUUUUCAAACAACAAACACUGAAACAGUGAAAUACACCAUAGAACUUACGAGAGGAAAAAAUUGUGUAAUUCUUACUCAAAAAAAAUGUGUGAUAAAGAGGAACUAAAGAAAAUGAUCAUGAACUUCAGACUCUCUGAACUUCAAGUUCUGUUGGGUUUCGCAGGACGAAAUAAGUCUGGUAAAAAGUCUGAACUUCAGGCAAGAGCACUGGAGCUUCUGAACUUGAACUCAGUGCCUGUACAAAUGAAGAUUCGAGAACUUCAAAAACUUAGGUAUCCAGCAAAAAGUGCUCUUGGAAACAAUCCUCCUUCAGUCUAUAAUGUGCCUCAACCUGCAACAAAUACUAAUGUAUCAGUAAAUCCCCAUCCUACAUCACAGAUACCUCCUGGAGGUAAUAUACUGCCUCCUCAGGCUAAGGUAGACUACCCUCACAGUAAAUCAAUCAUUCCCAACAUUCCUCAAGCAUAUGAUGUUCCCAGUUACCCAGUCCACCCAGAUGUGCGUUUUAAGCCACUGCCUUUUUAUGACAUUCAAGGAGAACUUCUCAAGCCAGCGAGUUUGAUGCCUUCAAAACCUGGUAGGUUCCAAGAAAGUGUGUUUUUCUUUCACCUAACACCCCAGCAAGCUCAUGAUGUGGCUAUGUCCAGAGGAAACAAAGAAUAUGGUGUACAGGUCCAGUUACGAUUCUGUCUGUUAGAGACUACUUGUGAACAGGAUGAUAAUUUCCCACCUAGCAUUUGUGUGAAAGUUAAUUCCAAAGUCUGCCCACUUCCAAAUCCUAUUCCUACAAAUAAACCUGGAGUGGAGCCAAAACGUCCUAGUCGACCAGUCAACAUCACAGGUCUCUGUAGGUUGUCUCCUACCUGCCCUAAUCAUAUUAAUAUAUCAUGGGCAUCUGAAUAUGGAAGGGGCUAUGUUGUAGGAGUGUACCUUGUAAGAAGACUGAGUUCAGGGAUCUUGUUAAGUCGCUUAAAAUCGUCUGGUGUAAGAAAUCCUGAUCACACUAGAGCUCUGAUUAAAGAGAAACUUCAGCAAGAUCCAGACUCUGAAAUAGCUACAACAAGCCUAAGAGGAUCAUUGAUGUGUCCUUUGGGAAAGAUGAGAAUGCAGGUUCCUUCUCGUGCCACCACUUGCUCACAUCUUCAGUGUUUUGAUGCUUCUCUUUAUCUGCAGAUGAAUGAGAAAAAACCUACUUGGAUUUGUCCAGUUUGUGACAAACCCGCUCUUUUCAAAAAGUUGGUCAUUGAUGGUUUGUUUAUGGAACUCAUCACCAAAGCACCUAGUGAAUGCAUGGAGGUUCAAUUUCAUGAGAAUGGUUCCUGGACCCCUGUGCUCCCAAAGAAAUCAGCACAAAUUAUUCAUAACACUGUAGUACAGAAAAGUGCAACUAUUUCAUCUCCAAUACCAGCAAAGAAACGGCGUACGUCUGAAGUCAUUGAUCUCACAGUUGACAGUAGCUCUGAUGAAGAUGACGACUACCAGCCCUCUGUCUCACGAGCCCAAACUAUAACACAGCCAGUAAAACCAGCUUCAACACUUUCUGUAUCAUCUUCUAAUGAUGUUCUAUCCUUGUUAUUACCAUCUCAUGUAACAUCUUCAUCUCACUCUUUGGUAUCCAGUGUGACUUCUCAACAAGGAUCAUUGAGCAGCUCAACAUCCAAUGGAGGGAUGCAUAGGUCCCAGCAGUACUCAAACCAGCUCUUCCAAAAAUCUUAUUCUGUAGAAAACAAUUCAAGACCAGUGACUUCAACACCUUCAUCUACCUUGGUCAGUAUGCUAACAGACACUCCAUCUUCAAACCAGCCCCUAACCCAAAGUAGUAAUGGAUAUCCUAAUGUUUCUUAUAUUAAUGAUUAUCCACCAGUGUCCAGUCCAUAUCCAGAGUACCUUACAACAUCUUCAGAACAAAUGUUAUCCUACCAACAUUAUCAAGACAUUUAUUCCAUGCUUCACAACAGUGACAGUGAACAACAGUUUGCUUCUUCCUUCUCUGAGAUGUCUGUGAAUUCAACAUGGGGUUCUGAACUCAGUAGACAAAACAGCACAACUUCUCCAGAUGUUAUUUCACUUGAUUGAAUGCAGUACAGCCAUUAUGUGAGUUAAACAUGAAAUAUUUUCAACAUUACUUAAAGAAGUGAAACCACUCUGAGCCAGCUUCAUAGCUGCAAUGUCAAUGACUGAUUAUGUGAAGCCUAAACAUUUGAUUCAACCCUUUCAUGAAGUUAUAGCCACUAGAUGGGUUGAUUAUGAAAGAUUUCCAACUUUAUUUGUCUUGCUAAAGAACUGGAACCAUUCUGUGGCCAAGUGACAUGGGAAAGCAUCAGACCCUAAAACUAUUAUUACAGUAUAAUUUCAGUAUGAAAGUGGAGAAAACUAGUUUUUGAAAAUUAAAUGUAUUCUGUUGUGAAUACAUUAUAAAUGCUUGCUUUUUUGGACCAUUUAUGAUUUUUAUAACUGAGCAGUUUUUGUGUGUGUCUGUGUGUGUGUGUACUUUUGUGAUCUGAAAACAGUUUUACAAAGAAUAAGUUUUUUAUAAUUGUCUUCGUAAUAGUCAAAAAUAAAUGGAAAAAAUACAUCCACUCAGACCUCUUGGUUGAAAGUAUUCUGUUUGUUUAUAUAUUUCUUUCUUUAAAUCUUACAAAUAACAUUUUUACAGAUAAAAUUGUUGCAUUCACAUCUUCAUUCUACUUUAUGAUUGGACCAGAUCUAGCUAGUUCAGGUACUGUAGAUAGAAAAAUAGCAGUGAAUGUCUUUUAUUUCUAUAUGAAUUGCAAGAGUCAUAUUGAAAACAACACAGUUCCUAUGAAAUACAAGCAUUCUCCAAUAUAUUUAUCUUUGUGAAGAUACAGUACAGGUUGUAAAGAAUUACUUAAAGGUUACUAAUUGCAAAGUGUGGUUUACUUUAAAAUAACUUUCUGCUUAAUAAGCCCUAUAUACAAGCGAAUACAUUUAAAACCUAA